AGAACAUUGUCUGGGAGCCACCACGUAGCCUGACGGAACAACGCACGGUUUAAGAUAUGCGGAUCCGUGACAUUUCACUUCAACAACACACUGCUGCCGCCCGCGGAUUGCUUCCUCCGAUUUACUGUAUAUAAUUCCAAAACAUUUACUAACAUAAUGACUGACGAGCAACACUCUCCUUCUCAAUACACGACAUCUGGUAUGUUCUUUUUUUUUCUUCUUUCUAAUGUUACAAUCCAAAUAUAGGUUUCUGUAGCCAAUGUGUAAAUUAUUUUGUUCUGCAGAGUUUUGUAGCAGUUCUCAGUAUGUUAACUGUUUCAAUUUAGCAAAAUGUAGAUUGUGAUUGUCUUGUGUGCAAGAUGAAACAAUGGCUCUGAUAUUGCAAAUGUAUAUUAUAUUAUAUGGGAGAAGCAAUGUUUGUUUGUUUCUCUCUCUCUCUGAUGACUCAUGAUCAAUCACCAUAUAAAAUACAUGGCCAAACCUGUUCACAAAUAUGCAUUGCCAAAUAAUUGAACUCUUUAUAUAGCUCUGCUUACUUACUAUAUACCUAUCCAUUUCUUUUAUAGUUUUUAAGAAAAGCUGUUAAAAUCAUCUGAAGCUAUGAAUUGGCCAGAUAUAAUCCUCAUCCUAUUGGCUGUCAAUCUGGGUGACCUCAUCCCUGGCCCUACCCUAUGCCACGCCUCUCAAAAUAAUCAGAAAUCCGGCUGCCAGGUGCGAAACGGCCAGGCUGACUGCAGACACCUCAGCCUCAAGGAGAUCCCUCCCAACCUGCCCAGGAAUAUCACCGGCCUGGAUGUCUCCCACAACAGGCUGGUAGAGCUACCCCCAGCAUCGCUGGCCCCUUACCCAGGGCUCGUGCAGCUGGAUGUGGGCUUCAACAGCCUCACCAAGCUUGAGGAAAGCCUGUGUCAGACCCUGGGCCUGCUGAGGACACUGAACGUGCAGCACAAUGAGGUACAUCGGCUGACGGAGAAGGAGUUGAGCAGCUGCACCAAUCUGACAGAGUUGAACCUGGCUGGCAACAGGCUGAAGCUACAGGGAGAGCCCUUCGCUGCCCUACAGGUAGGGAUCUGCCCAGUGUCAAGGUGAUGGUGAUGAUGGCAGGGGUUGUGGAUGUGUUGAUAAUGAUGAUAUACAGUACUAGAUGAUGAUGAUGAGAGAGCGGGUGACGCUCUUGACUCUUCAGGACUAUUUCUGACCAUUUUUGUUUAUUUAAUUUACCAUCCAUUGAAUAGGAUUUGGGUUCUUCUAUUUCAAGCCUAAACCAUAGACAAAGUAUAAUUGAAUGCAGUUGUCUCAGUUAUAUUUUCUCUCAAACCCUCUUGGAAUAUCUUUAAAUGUUUCACCAGAGUCUGACACUGCUGGACGUGUCCAGAAAUGACCUGAAGACAGCCAAGUUGGGCAUCCGCCUUCAGCUUCCAAGCCUGGUGACUCUCAUUUUGUCUGGCAACACUAUCUCAACCUUCAAAAAGGAUGACUUCUUCUUUCUAAGUAAUUCCUCAUCCCUACGAGUCCUCGACCUGUCGAAUCUAACAACUCUAAAAACGGUACGAAAGAUUCUGUGAAAUGGAAAAUGAAAUGAUGUUAAUGCUUUCAGCUGCUGACACUAGGAAUAAGAACCAUGCUCAACCAAUCACACCUUGGUUUCAUUUACCUGUCGUUCCACUUUCCACCUUUUUUAUGUUGUCAAGAUCACUUCAGUGUUUCCUUUAUCUUAUUAUCUAGGCAUAGUGCAAAGCCACCAAAUUAACAUCCAUGGCAUUUUGAACCAUCAUUUUCGUAUGAAACCAAUUGCAAACGAUGAACAGAGCAAGGCAGGAUCCCAACCUAUACAAUGGUAGUGAAAACUGGAUCACUCAAUGCCUCACUUGAAAGGUUGUAAUAAUGCGACAUCCCACUUGCCACAGACGUCAAUUCAACGUUUAUUCAUGUUUGUUCAACGUAAUUUAGUUGAAAUGAUACAACAACAUUGAUUCAACCAGUGUGUGCCCAAUGGGAUACUAUAAAUAAGUAGGAAGUAGUAGGUUCAAGCUCUUUUGACAACUUAUCUAUAAUUUAUGGCAGCAUCUUGUUCAGCAUCUAAUCGGCAACUAAUCAGUAUUUUUUUCAUUGCAGUUUGAGCCUGAUUGCCUGAAGCCCAUUGCAGGCAUACAUGAGUUAGUCAUGACGGGGAGCAAACUUAGCACUCCGCUCACGUCUAAACUUUGCACAGAGCUCUCUGGGACCGCAAUCCGCAGCCUCUCCCUCCAGAAGACACAGCUAGUCACACUGACCAACUCCACCUUCAAAGGCCUGGGGAAGACCCACCUCACUUCUUUGGAUCUAUCCCACAACAGCAUGGCUAAGAUCGGGGACGGUUCCUUCCAGUGGCUGCCCAUGCUGGAAGUUCUUUCUCUGGAGCAGAACAACCUCAAGCACCUGACUAAGGACACUUUCCACGGGCUGGGGAAUCUGACACAGCUCAACUUGAAUAUGGCGCUGGUGAAGAGUCACACUUCUUCUUAUCCUAUUAUCGACGACUUCUCCUUCCAGCCACUAGGGGCACUGGAGAGCCUGAGCAUGGAGAAUACUGCCUUUAGAAACAUCUCGGUGUUCACCUUUGCUGGUUUGAUGAGUCUCCGUCUACUCCACCUGGGCGGGACCAGCUGCAUGGCGCUCAAAAUCAUCACCAACCAGACCUUUGUGUCGCUCGCAGAUUCACCUCUUCUUACGCUAAAGCUCACACAGACAGCGAUCUCCCGUCUAGGCCCUGGAGCCUUCUCCAGCUUGGGCAACCUCACCACCCUUCUGCUGGGCAACAACUUCAUCUCCCAGACCCUGACGGGGGAAAGAGUUCCAGGGUUUGGGCCAGCUACAGGAGAUCUACCUCUCUAAUGGCAACCAGAAGAUCACCCUCAGCCCUACGUCCUUCAUCCACGUGCCCACUCUCAGGACUCUGAUGCUGGGGAGAGCUCUGACCGGCACCCUGGAUCUGAAUCCCUCUCCGUUCAAGCCUCUGUCCAACCUCACCAUCCUAGACCUCAGCAACAACAACAUCGCCAACAUCAAGAUUGGUCUUCUGGAUGGACUAGAGAAUCUGAAGGUGCUGAAGCUUCAGCACAACAACUUGGCCCGGGUGUGGAAGAGUGCCAACCCGGGUGGGCCGGUGCUGUUUCUCAGGGGGCUCCGCAGCCUAGUUGCCCUGGAGAUGGAUUUCAACGGUCUGGAUGAGAUCCCAAAGGAGGCCCUUCAUGGACUGGCCAACCUUCAAGAGCUCAGCCUCAGUGGGAACGUCCUGAACCAACUAAAGGACUCAGUCUUCGACGACUUGGGGUCGCUCCGGGUGCUUCGGCUCCAGAAGAACCUAAUCACGUCGGUGAGGAAGGAGGUGUUCGGGCCGGCUCUGGCCAACCUCAGCCAGCUGGUCAUGCAGAAGAACCCGUUCGACUGCACCUGCGAGAGCAUCCUGUGGUUUGUGGCGUGGCUGAAUGGAACAAACGCCAGUGUGCCGGGCCUCAGGGAUGAGUAUGUGUGCAACACGCCGCAAGCCUACUACAACCGCUCGGUCAUGGAGUUCGAAACGCUCUCCUGCAAGGACAUGACACCAUUCCAGGCGCUCUACGUGCUGACCAGCACUGCGGUCCUGACCUUAAUGGUGACCUCACUCCUAGUGCGCUUCCAGGGUUGGAGGAUUCAGUUCUACUGGAACGUUCUCAUCAACCGUACGCUAGGAUUGAGCGAUGCCAAUUCCGGGGAGGGGAGGAAGUUCGAAAACGACGCGUUCGUCAUUCAUACUGCAAAGGAUAAAAACUGGGUGGAACGAAGCUUGCUCCCCCUAGAAAAAGAACAGGGGUAUACAUUUUAUCUGCAGGAUCGAGAUGCAGUGCCAGGUGACUCGCAACUGGAGUCCAUUGUGGAGAAUAUGAAAAGGUCCAGGAAAAUACUAUUUGUGGUCACUGAAACUCUUCUCGAAGACUCCAUGUGUCGACAGUAAGUAAAGUGAACGUUGUUAUAUUUUUUGUAACAUUCACAUCACAUAAGCUUUUUUAGAGCAUGUGUGGUCACUGGUCAGGGAAAAGAGAACAUUGAUAAGGACAGUGGUGUGAAAAUCUGCAGGAGUCUUUAUUUCCUGAAAUGAAAGUAAAUCAUGUUGACGAUUUCAUUUGAUAGGCAGCCAAUGUGUUAUGAUAUUAAUAAUACCAUGAGCAUUCUGUUUAAAAUUCAACUGAACAAGUUUCACUCAAACAGGGAAGUGGAGACGGUGUGAAGUGGGUGAGAGUAGGCCAAUUUGGAAGAAGAUAUGAAACCCAAACAAGAAGUUAAAAAAAAAAAACAUUUUACACAGAAAAUUCUCAUAGCGUCUGGAUAACCAUUUAUUAAUCUAAAAAAACAAAACAUUUUUGAGUUCAAUAAUGAUUGAAAAGAUUCUAUAAUGUGUAAACUAUGUAAGUACAGCCACAGCUCAAGUCUCUCGGGAUAAGAGAGUCUGCUAAAUGACAUAAAUGUAAAAUGCUAUUAUUCUGAACUCAUCAUGACCCCAUUUUUGGCUAUGGACCAUAAUGCUCAAAUAAUGUCUAAGUGAAGAGUGUAGAUUUAAAGUCUCCCCACAGCACUGAUCCAAGGCAGGUGUUUCUGUCUAAACCCUCUAAAUAUUGAGGUUAUAGGUUUAAUCUGUGUUCUGGAAAGCUGCUCUAACAGUACAGUAUAAACCAGUGUUAAAUGUUGCCAUUCAUUGUUGAGUUUUUUAAACUUUGAUUGUAUUAUUUUAUUCUAGCACUGAUCAUGUUGUUUCCCCCUUUUGAUUGAUUUGAUUGCACAUCUCUCUGGAUAACAGUGUCAAUUACAUGUAUAUGAUUGAGAUCUGAAAUUUAAUUCCUGUUAUGCUUCUGUACUUAGAGCCUCUUUUACUUGUACUUUCUGACAAAUGCCCUCUUCUGUCUCUGCGUUUCUCCCCUUUCCCUCCCCUCCCCUCCUCUCCCUUAAAACCGCUUCCUCCCAUUUCCUUUCCCUCCCCUCUCCUCCCACCAUCCUCCUCCCUCUUUCCCCCAAGGUUCAUGGCCCACCAUGCCCUGCACCAGGUGAUCGAGGACAGCCGGGACUCGGUGGUGCUGGUCUUCCUGCAGGACGUGCAGGACUACAAGUUGUCCCGCUAUCUGCUCCUGCGCAGGGGCAUGCUGCGCCCACAUUGCAUCCUCAACUGGCCCCUGCAGAGGGAGAGGGUGCCCGCCUUCCACCAGAGGCUCCGCAUCGCCCUGGGCACCACCAACCGAGUGCUGUAACUUUCUCCAUGCUAUUAUGCUUAGAAGUGUACUGAAAAAUUUACUUAAAUCAAAUCAAAUGUAUUGGUCA